AUGUCGAGCAUCAAGAACACCCCUUCCGACGACAGCUACGUCGAGCUUUCGACUGCUAGCAGCCAGAGCAGCGGCAACGGCAACGGUAACGGCUCGCUGCUUCGAGCUCUAACUGUCGCUUCGCCCACCGGCCUCGAGGUGCAGAUUCCUGUCCCUGCGCAGCCUUUCGACGCCUGGAUCGUCGCCGACGUAAUCCGCGAGGACUUCCAGCGAUCCCUCGCAGCUUCUCAGGAGACUGUCGACAUCCUCGAGGUUCAGGAGGAGCAGGACGAUGCUGCUGCAGCCGCCGACAAGGCCGCAAAGGAAGCCAAGGUCAGCUUGGCUGCCAAGUUCCUCGGCUUUGUCGCCUCGCGCGCUUCCGUCAAGACCUCGAGCCACGAGCUUAACCUUCUUCACUACGUCUGGGCUCACUUCCACGAGGCCCUCCUGGCCGAGCACGGCAGCAUCCACGAUCUUGUCGGUGCCAUCGACUCGGACCUGCGCACCUCGGUCCUUCGCAGCUACUUUGAAGCCUACGUCCUGCUCGAGUCGGCCAACCAGGCCAAGCCUUCGCUGGUCACGCCCAAGCUUUUCUCCCUUUCGGCUCAGAACAAGGCUGAAGUCCACGCCGUCUUCGGUGGUCAGGGCAACAACGAGGCCUACUUCAAAGAGCUGCAGACCCUCUUCGACUCCUACAAGCCGCUCAUUCAGCCUCUCCUCGAGUCGACCCAGCCCGUCUUUGACAAGCUCGUCCAGGAUGCUGUCAAGCAGGGCUUCGCCAGCUACUACAAGGACGGCCUCAACGUGCUCGGAUGGCUCACGGGCGCUGCGCCCGAGCCGUCGGUGCCGUACUUGGCCAGCGUGCCUCUCAGCUUGCCUCUCAUUGGUCUGACGCAGAUCACCCAGUUCCUCGUCAGCAUCCGUGCUUCUGGCCUUACUCCCGCUGAGUUCCGCUCGCAGAUCCACAGCGCCACCGGUCACUCGCAGGGCAUCAUCUCGGCCGUCGUCCUCUCGGCUUCCGACAGCCUCGAGUCGUUCUAUGCCAACGUCGCAAAGGCGCUCGAGCUCCUCUUCCACAUCGGCAAGCGUGGUCAAGAGUUCUUCCCUACCCUCGCCAUCGACCCGGCGCUCGUCAAGGACACCAUCGAUGGCGGCGAGGGCGAGCCCACACCCAUGCUGUCCGUCUCGGGUCUCGAGCAGACCAUCCUUGAGAAGCACAUCAAGACCACCAACUCGCACCUCCCUGAGUCCCAGGCCGUCUCGAUCUCGCUCUUCAAUGGUCCUCGCAGCUUCAUCGUUACUGGCUUCCCCAAGGCGCUCGUCGGUCUCGUCGGCAGUCUCCGUGCUAUUCGUGCCGAGACCGGCGCCGACCAGGGCAAGAUCCCCUUCAGCAAGCGCAAGGCCAUCUUCCGCAUGAACUUCCUUCCCGUCAACGUUCCUUACCACUCGAGCUACCUCACGGGUGCUACCGAGAAGAUGCUUCAGGAGGACUACGCCGGCCGCACCACCGUUUGGGACGCUUCCGAGCUCAAGGUCGCUGUCAAGAACACCGAAGACGGCUCCGACCUCGCCAGCUACCGCUCUGAGGAGAUCCUGAAGAGCAUCGCCGAUCAGAUCUUUGUCAAGCACAUCUACUGGUCCAAGGCCUCCGACCUGCCUAAAACGGCCACUCACCUCAUCGACUUUGGUACCGGCGGUCUCUCUGGUAUCGGUGGUCUCUCCGCCCGCAUCCUCGAGGGUCGCGGCGUGAGGAUUGUCAUCCCCAGUGGCACCCACGCUCGCAGCACAGAGCUGUACAGCGCUUCUACGGUUAAGUUCGAGGAGCGCUGGGAGGAUGUUUGGUCGCCUCGCCUCGUCAGGACCAAGAACGGCAUCAAAAUCGACACGCCCUUCUCGCGCACCACGGGUCGCGGUAUUCUCAUGGUCGGCGGUAUGACCCCUACCACCGUCAGCGCCAACAUCAACGCCGCUGUGCUCAACGCUGGUUACGUCAUCGAGCUCGCUGGUGGUGGUCUCCACAGCGAGGCUGGCCUCCGCAAGCGCGUCAACGAGAUCUUGGCCAAGCUCGAGCCUGGUAACGGUCUGGAGCUCAACGGACUCUUCAUCGACCAGCGACGAUUUGGCUGGCAGUACCCUCUGUGGGGUCAGAUGCGACGCGAGGGCUUCCCGUGCAAGGGUUUCACCGUCGCCGCUGGUAUUCCCUCCACCGAGAAGGCCAAGGAGAUCAUCGACGGUCUCAAGGCUGCUGGUAUCGAGUACGUCGGCUUCAAGCCCGGUACUGCCGACGGCCUGCGAGCCGUCGCUGCCAUUGCCGCUGCCAACCCCGACUUCAAGAUCGUCUGCCAGUGGACCGGUGGCCGUGCCGGUGGUCACCACUCGACCGAGGACUUCCACCAGCCCAUCCUCCAGACCUACGCCAGCCUGCGCAAGCAGAAGAACCUCAUCCUCGUCGGUGGCUCCGGCUUCGGUGACGCUGAGGGUGUCUGGCCCUACCUUACCGGUGAGUGGUCGGUCAAGCUCGGCUACGCUCCCAUGCCCUUCUCGGCCUUCCUCUUUGCCUCGUGGAUGCUCGUCGCCAAGGAGGCUGCCACCGCGGACGCCGUCAAGCAGCUGCUCGUCGACACUCCCGGCUGUGGUGACGCCAAGUGGCAGGACACCUACGGCAAGGGCGCUGGUGGUACCAUCACGUGCAACUCGGAGCUCGGCGAGAGCAUCAGCUACGUGCACAACCGCGCUGCUGCCCUGUGGCGCCAGCUGGACGACCAGCUCUUCUCCCUGCCCCGCGAGAAGCAGCGUGUCUGGCUCUCGGAGAAGAAGAGCUGGCUCAUCGAGCGUCUCAACAAGGACUUCCAGAAGCCUUGGUUCCCUGCCAAGGCUGACGGUUCCGCGCUCAUGAACGUCGCCGACAUGACGUACGAGGAGGUGACUCGUCGUAUGCUUGAGCUCCUGUUCGUCAGCCACCAGAGCCGAUGGAUCGACCCUUCGCUCAAGAAGCUCUUCGGCGACUGGUGCCGACGUGUCGAGGAGCGCUUUGCCGGCAUCGAGACCGCUGGCAAGAAGGAGUCCCUUCUGCAGAGCUACUCGAUCCUCGAUAAGGAGCCGUCCAAGUUCGUCGACACGUUCUUCGCAGAGUACACUGGCGCCAAGGAGAUCCGUCUCGCCACCGAGGACGUCGGAUACUUCCUUACGAUCUGCCAGCGUCGCGGUCAGAAACCCGUUCCUUUCAUUCCCGAGCUCGGCGACAACUUCCAAACGCUGUUCAAGAAGGACUCGCUCUGGCAGUCCGAGGAUCUCGACGCUGUCGUUGGACAGGAUGCGCAGAAGGUCAUCAUCCUCCAGGGCUCCGUCGCCGUUCAGCACUGCACCAAGGCCAACAUUCCCGCCGGUGAGAUGCUCGGCGAGAUCGAGAAGGAGCUCGUCGCCAAGGUGCUCGCCAAGUACUACAACGGUGACGAGUCUCAGGUGCCAUUCGCCGACUACGUCUCGAGCGACCCUCUCGCCAUCGACGAGGCCGACUUCUACGCCCGCGCUGGCGUCGAGGCUUCGAUCGAAGGCAGCGUCAAGACGCUCAAGCUCGGCAGCCGCCUGCCUGACACCAAGGAAUGGCUCGAGGUGCUCGCGAGCCAGCGCACCAGCUGGCUGCGCGCUCUUCUGCGCAAUGUCAGCGUUGUUCAGGGCAAGAACUACGCCGACAACCCGAUGCUGCGCAUGCUCGCUCCUCGCAAGCACCAGACGGCCAAGAUCGCCUUCGGUGCGGACGGCGAGCCUCUAGGCCUCACCCUGUUUGGUGCUGCCCGCUCCUACGGCCGCCACGACGACACCUUCAAGGCGCUUGAGAUCACCAAGUCGCCCGACUCGGCUCAGAUUCAGGUGACGCUUCUCGAGGAGCGUCUUGGCGAGGCUGUUCCUCUUCACUUCUACUUCACUUAUCGCCCCGACCAGCCGUUCGCUUCGAUUCACGAGAUCAUGGACGGUCGCAACGACCGUAUCAAGCAGUUCUACUGGCAGCUCUGGUUCCACGCCGACAUGCCUGCUUCUGCUCAGCUCGCCUCGGCCAAGGAGUUCAAGAGCCCCGUCAAGUCGCUCGACGAGUCUGCCAUCCGCAACUUCUGCCGCAUCGUCGAGAACCGCGGCGAAGUCUUCACCAAGGGUCAGGCUCCCAUGGACUUUGCCAUCGUCGCUGGCUGGGAGGCCAUCAUGCAGGCGCUCAUGGCUAGCUGCGAUGCUGACUUGCUCAGCCUCGUUCACCUGAGCAACUCAUUCAAGGUGGUCGACAAUGCUCGUCCUCUGCGCGCCGGUGAUGUCUGCACGGCCACCGCUCACGCUAGCAGCAUCAAGAUCUCGGACACGGGCAAGUCGGUCAGCGUCACCGGCACGGUCCUGCGCAAGGAUGCCAGCGGCGAGUUCGUGCCCGUCAUCUCGGUCGUCUCGAGCUUCUUCUUCCGCGGCCGCUUCACCGACUUCAACACCUGCUUCGAGACGUCGGAGAACGAGUUCACGCUCGAGAUCAAGACCAAGGCCGAUGCCACCGUUCUGCUCGCCAAGGAGUGGUUCGACUGGGUUGCACCUUCGCCUCUGACGCCCGGCACCGUGCUGCACUUCCAGAUGCAGAGCCUUCUCCGAUUCAAGGACAGCACUUCGUACUCGGAUGUCGAGGUCAUCGGCGGUGCCUACGUGCGCGACUUCAAGGACGACCUCAUCAAGGUGGGCGAGAUCGAGUACACGGCCGACGCCAUCAGCUACGGCAACCCCGUCAUCGAGUACAUCAAGCGUAACGGCGGUGCUUCAACCGGCGGUGUCGCUCCUCUCGAGGCUGGCUACACGAUCGGCGCACCCGAAGUCCCCGCCACCUUCGUCGCUCCCGCCACCAACGAGCCCUACUCGAACGUCUCGGGUGACUUCAACCCCAUCCACAUCAACCCCUACUUCUCUUCGUUCGCCUCGCUGCCCGGCACCAUCACCCACGGUCUCUUCUCGAGCGCUGCCUCGCGCAAGUUUGUCGAGGUCGUUGCCGCCGAGGGCUACCCCGACCGAUGCCUGUCGUUCGAGGCCAACUUUGUCGGCAUGGUUCUGCCCGGCGAUGAGCUCACCGUCAAGCUGCGCCACAUCGCCAUGCGCGACGGCAACAAGGUCAUCAAGGUCGAGACUUUCAACCAGAACGGCGAGAAGGUGAUCGACGGCCAGGCCGAGGUGAAGCAGCCGGCCACCGUGUACGUCUUCACUGGCCAGGGCUCCCAGGAGCAGGGCAUGGGUAUGGAUCUGUACAACUCGAGCCCGACCGCCAAGGCGCUCUGGGACGAGGCCGACGGUCACUUGCGCAGCACCAUGGGCUUCAGCAUCCUCGAGAUCAUCAACCAGAACCCUCUCACCAAGACCAUCCACUUUGGUGGUGUGCGCGGCCACACGAUUCGCGAGCGCUACAUGUCGAUGACCUACGAGUCGACCGAUGCCGAUGGCAACACGGUGACGCUGCCGCUCUUCCCCGAGAUCACCGCCUCGAGUCAGAGCUACACCUUCCAGUCGCCCAAGGGUCUGCUCUUUGCCACUCAGUUUGCUCAGAUCGCGCUCGUGCUCGUCGAGCUCAGCGCCUUCCGCGACAUGAAGCAACGAGGCCUCAUCACGCCUGAUGCCGCCUUUGCAGGUCACUCGCUCGGUGAGUACGCAUCGCUCGCCGCUGUUGCUGCCGUUCUCGAGGUCAAGUCGCUUUGCGACGUCGUCUUCUAUCGUGGUCUGUCGAUGCAGAACUGCGUGCAGCGCGACCCCGUUACUGGCGCCUCCAACUACGCCAUGAUGGCUUGCAACCCCAUCCGCAUCGUCGGCGAUGGCAACCCUUCGUUCGCUGGCCAGGCUCUCGCCGAAAUCGUCGACUCGAUCAGCAAGGAGUCCGGCCGUCUCCUUCAGAUCGUCAAUCACAACGUUGCCGGUCAGCAGUACGUCACCGCUGGUGAUCUUGUCGCCCUCACCACGCUCGGCAACGUGUUGAACUUCAUCAAGAUCCAGAAGAUCGACUUGAAGAAGCUCAACGAGAUCAUGUCCAUCGAGGACGUGCGCGAGAAGCUCGCCGAGAUUGUCCGCGAGGUCCUUUCGGCUGCGCUCGAGGAAGAGAAGAAGGGCCGCAUCGAGCUCAAGCGUGGUUUCGCCACCAUUCCUCUGCCAGGUAUCGACGUGCCCUUCCACUCGCGCUACCUCACCGGCGGUGUGGCUCCGUUCCGAUCGUACCUGUCGAAGCGCAUCAACGUCGACGCGAUCCGACCUCAGCUGCUCGUGGGCCGCUACAUUCCCAACUUGGUCGCCGCUCCCUUUGAGCUGUCCAAGUCGUACGCCGAGCUCAUCUUCGCGCAGACCGACUCGCCUCGUCUCGACAAGGUGCUCAAGAACUGGGAGAAGGACGAGUGGGCGUCGCCCGCGAGGGUGCAGAGGCUCACUGCCACGCUCGUGGUCGAGCUGCUUGCCUACCAGUUCGCCUCGCCCGUUCGAUGGAUCGAGACGCAGGACAUCUUCUUCACCGACUACAACUUCGAGCGUCUCGUCGAGUUUGGUCCCAGCCCGACGCUCGUCGGCAUGGCCAAACGAACGCAGACUCUCAAGUACUCGGCUGUCGACCUCGCUCAAGGUCGCAAGCGGGUCAUGUACUGCUCGAGCAAGGACAAGGAGGCUCUCUACUACGCCUUCGCCGACGAGGAGAGCGAAGCGGAGGCUGCUCCCGCUGCUGAAGCUUCGUCCGCUCCUGCUCCUGCGGCCGUCGCUCCCGCUCCUGUUGCUGCCGCUGCCCCCGCUGCUCCUUCUGGUGGCGCUGCUGCUGCCGACGUGCCGGACGAGCCUGUCAAGGCGGUCGACACCGUCCGUGCCAUCCUCGCUCAGAAGCUGAAGAAGAGCAUCUCCGAGGUGCCUCUCUCCAAGUCGAUCAAGGACUCGGUCGGCGGUAAGUCGGUGCUUAGCAACGAGCUCGUCUCUGACCUCUUGGCCGAGUUCGGCAACCUGCCCGAGCGAGGUGAAGAGCUCCCGCUUGAGGAGCUCGGUGGUGCUCUCCAGGCUGGCUACAGCGGCUCUCUCGGCAAGACCACCUCCGGCUUGGUCACUCGUACCGUCGGUGGUAAGUUGCCCGGUGGCUUCAACCUGUCAGCUGUCAAGUCGCACCUGCAGAAGGCUUGGGGUCUCGGUCCCGGCCGCACCGACGGCGCUCUUCUGGUCGCCAUCACCAUGGAGCCCGCCAAACGUCUCGGCUCGGAGGCCGAGGCCAAGGCGUGGCUCGACUCGGUCGCUCAGUCGUACGCCUCGCUCGCCGGCAUCAGCCUCAGCCAGGCCAGCGCUGGCGGCGGAGGUGGUGGAUCCGGUGGUGUCGCCAUCAGCAGCGAGGAGCUCGACAAGCUCAAGGCGCAACAGGAUGAGCACGUUCGUCGCCAGAUUCAGGUGCUCGAGCGCUAUCUCAACAUGGACGGUCGAGCCAGUGGACGUCUCGCCGAGAGCACCAAGCUCGAGCUCGAGGCUGCUCAGGCUCAGCUCGAUGCCAUCGCUGCCGAGCACGGCGACAUGUACACCAACGGUAUCAUGCCCAAAUUCACCGAAAAGAAGGUCCGCCACUUCAGCUCGUACUGGAACUGGGCUCGCCAGGAUGCCAUGACGCUGCUCUACGACAUCAUCUACGGUCGUCUCACCACCGUCGACCGUGAGAUCACGGCUCGCUGCAUCACGCUCAUGAACCGUGCCGACCCCAGCCUGCUCCGUUACAUGCAGUUCCACGUCGAUCAGAUCAACGCCGACCAGGGUCCCACCUAUGCGCUCGCUAAGAUGUACGGUCAGCAGCUCAUCGAGAACUGUCGCGAGGCCUGCGCCGAGGACGCCGUCUACAAGGAGGUCCACGCCCCUACCGCUCCUCACACCGAGAUCGACGCUCGCGGCAACAUCGCCUACAGCGAGGUCAAGCGUAUCGGUGUGCGCAAGCUCGAAGCCUACGUCAAGGAGAUGGCCGCCGGUAGCCGGCUGCUCGGCACUGACACGCAGGUCAACCUGGACAAGGCGCAAGAGAACGUCGCCAAGCUCUGGACGCUCAUCCGCAACGAGCCUUCCGUCAGCAAGCUCAGCAAGUCGACCAUCAAGAGCUUGUACACCGAAGUGGUGCGAUCGCUUGGCCCCGCUCGUCAGGCCCGUGCUCCUGCUCGCCAGGCUCCUCGCAGCCGCCGCCUCAGCUCCAACACGCAGCGACCCCAGAUCUCGGACGCGCCUGCUGCUGAGGACCGCACACCCUUCCUCCACGUCAAGAGAAAGGUCGCCGGUCAGUGGCAGCUCAGCCGGAAGCUCACGUCGGUCUACCUCGACAUCCUCGGCGAGAUGGCUACGCAGGGUGUCAGCUUCAAGGGUCGCAACGCUCUGCUCACCGGUGUCGGCAAGGCUUCGAUCGGUGUCGAAGUGGUCAAGGGUCUCUUGGCCGGUGGCGCUCGCGUCGUCAUCACCACCUCGAGCUACAGCCGCAGCGUCGUCGAGUACUACCAGCGCAUCUACCAGGAGGUCGGCUCGCGUGGCUCCACUCUCACCGUCGUUCCCUUCAACCAGGCUUCCAAGCAGGACGUCGACAACUUGGUCAAGUACAUCUACGGCUCGCUCGACCUCGAUCUCGAUUUUGUGGUGCCCUUCGCCGCCAUCUCGGAGAAUGGCCGUGAGAUUGACGGCAUCGACGACAAGUCGGAGCUGGCUCACCGUCUCAUGUUGACCAACCUCGUUCGUCUGCUGGGUGCCAUCAAGACCGAGAAGGCGAGUCGCAACUUUGACACUCGUCCCACUCAGGUCCUCCUUCCCCUUUCCCCCAACCACGGCACCUUCGGUGGUGACGGCCUGUACGGUGAGAGCAAGCUCGGUCUCGAGACCCUGCUCAAUCGAUGGGAGAGCGAGAGCUGGGGUCAGUAUCUCUGCAUUACCGGUGCCAUCAUCGGCUGGUGCCGAGGCACGGGUCUCAUGUCGUCGUCCAACACGGUCGCGGAAGAGAUCGAGAAGCUCGGCUGCCGAACCUUCAGCACCACCGAAAUGGCGUUCAACUUGCUCGGUCUCUUGGCUCCCACCGUCUCGGCCGUCAGCCAAGUCGAGGCUCUCCUUGUCGACCUCAACGGUGGCAUGGACAAGAUCGUCGAUCUCGCUGAGCAGACUGGCAAGUUCCGUGCCGCCAUCCAGGAGGCUUCGUCCACCAAGCGCGCGCUCGUCGCCGACAACUCGGCCGACUUCAAGGUCAUCAAGGGCUCGGCGGCCGAGGCGCUCCACAAGAAGGUGCACAUCAACCCGCGAAGCAACUUCACCUUCCGCUUCCCUGAGGUCGGCACGCUCGACUUCAACCGCGAGAUCACCAAGAGCUACUCGCAGAUGGACCUCGAGAAGGUGGUCGUCAUCACUGGUUUCGCCGAGGUCGGUCCCUGGGGUUCGUCGCGCACUCGAUGGGAGAUGGAGGCCUUCGGCCACCUCACCAACGAGGGUGUCAUCGAGCUCGCCUGGAUCAUGGGCUUGAUCAAGCACCACGACGGUCCCCUCAAGUCCGGUGCCACCUAUGUCGGCUGGGUCGACGUCAAGAGUGGCGAGCCCGUCGACGACAAGGAGGUCCGCGCCAACUACGAGGAGCACAUCGUCAAGCACGCCGGUAUCCGACUCAUCGAGCCCGAGCUCUUCCGCAACUACGACCCCAACCGCAAGGGCUUCCAGCAGGAGAUCGAGCUCAACCACGACCUCGAGCCUCUCGAGGUCUCGGCCGAGGAGGCGGGCAAGUACAAGCUCGAGCACGGCGACAAGGUCGAUGCUUGGCAAGAUGCUUCUGGCGGCUGGUUUGUGGUGCUCAAGAAGGGUGCUCGCAUCUUUGUGCCCAAGGCCGUCGCCUUCGACCGCCUCGUUGCUGGUCAGCUUCCCACGGGCUGGACGGGUCAGCGCUACGGUAUCCCUGACGACAUCGUUGCCCAGGUCGACCGCACCACCCUCUGGGCGCUCGUCUGCGCUUCCGAGGCGCUCGUCAACUCGGGUAUCGCCGACCCUUACGAGCUGUACAAGCACAUCCACCCCAGCAAGGUCGGAAGUUGUAUCGGUUCGGGCAUGGGUGGCAUGACCUCGCUCAGCAAGAUGUUCCGCGACCGCCGCAAUGACACGGACGUGCAGAACGACAUUCUGCAGGAGACCUUCAUCAACUCGGUCGCCGGUUGGGUCAACUUGCUUGUCAUGUCGUCGGCUGGUCCCAUCAAGACGGUCGUCGGUGCUUGCGCUACGGCGCUCCAGUCGAUCGACGUCGCUGUCGAGACCAUUCUCUCCGGCAAGGCCGAGCUCAUGCUGGCCGGUGGCUUCGAUGACCUUUCGGAGGAGGGCUCGUUCGAGUUCGCCAACAUGAAGGCCACUUCGAACGGCAAAGAGGAGCUGGCCGCUGGACGAGAGCCCUCGGAGCACUCGCGACCCUUCUCGACCUCGCGCAGCGGUUUCAUGGAGUCGCAGGGUUGCGGUGUCCAGGUGCUCACCACGGCCGCCAACGCCAUCAAGCUCGGCAUGCCCAUCCAGGGUAUCGUGGCCUACUCCAACACCCACACUGACGGUGCUGGCCGCUCGCUGCCCGCUCCUGGUCACGGUGUCAUCAGCAGUGCCGACGGCAUGCAGCGUGCGCUCGCCCGCUUCAACCUCACCGCCGACGACAUUGGUGUCAUCUCGGCGCACAUGACGGCCACCAAGGCCAACGACAAGAACGAGUCGCACGUCUACCAGGAGCUGUUCACGCGCAUGGGCCGUACACCGGGUCACGCCGUGCCGGUCAUGGCGCAGAAGUGGCUUUGUGGUCACGCAAAGGGUGGUGCCGCCGCCUGGGCGCUCAACGGUGUGAUGCAGUCGCUGCACACCUCCAUCGUCUGCGGUAAUCGCAACGCUGAUGACAUCUCGCCCGAGCUGCAGAAGUUCGACAUGCUCCUCUACAACUCGACCUCGAUCCACCGCACACCGCACCACGUCAACGCUGCUGCUGUCUCGUCGUUCGGUUUCGGUCAGGUGGGUGGCAUCAUCCUAGUUCUGCAUGCCGCUCACAUUCUCGGUCGUCUCUCGCCCAAGGUCUUCGAGGAGUACGUUGCGCGUCGCAAGGCCCGUCAGCAUCAGACCUACACUCGCAUGCACUCGGCGCUUACCAAGGAGGACCUGGUCCGCAUCAAGGACAACCGCCCUUGGCCCGCCGAGCUCGAGGACCAGGUGCUGAUGAACUUGAACGCUCGCGCCGUCGAGAUGGGCGACAGCUAUGGCUUCAAAGCACCUCUCCCGCCUAUGCCUGCGCUCGUCACCGUCGAGGACACCAUCGUUCCUGCCAAGCCGGCCAACGUAGCCGCUCAGCAGGAGAGCCUCGAGAAGAUGAUGGGCCACGUCGCUGGUGUCGGCAUUGACUGCGAGAAGGUCUCGACCUUCCCUUCGGACAAUGAGAACUUCGUCUCGAGGAACUUUACCGAUGUCGAGAUCGAGUACUGCCGAGCACAGCCCGACCCCAAGGCUUCGUUCUGCGGUCGAUUCUGUGCAGCGGAGGCGGUGGUCAAGUCGCUCGGCGUUCGCACGCAGGGCUCGGGUGCUUCGCUCAAGGACAUUGAGAUCGUGCCCACGCCCGAGGGACCUCAGGUCAAGCUGUACGGCGAGGCACUCAAGGCUGCCAACGGUUCGCGCUUCCUGGUCUCGAUCUCGCACGGUGACGACACGGCCAUGGCCAUCGUUCACCGCCUGCCCAGCGCCUAA